AUCACUAGACAGUUACAAUUUUCCUUUUUAAGGACUGUACAUACUCACAAGUACCUCCUACAUAGCUCUACAUUCACAUCUCUGAUCUUCUCUGUUUCUGUCUCUGUCCCUUGCAUUCGACCAUAAUGAGAAUAAUGGCUCUUCCUCCUUCGAGGGCCGCGGUUUUUUCGAUGAUACUGGUUAUAUUGAUGAGCUGUAGAGGCAUCACAGCUGAUAUUUUCAGAUUCCUAAGAGAUGAUCAUCGUUUCAAGGCGGGUGACUCUGUGCCUCUCUACUCGAAUAAGGUCGGGCCAUUUCAUAACCCCAGUGAGACCUACAGAUAUUUCGACCUACCCUUCUGUUUACCAGAUGAUGUGAAAGAGAAGAGGGAAGCUCUGGGAGAGGUUUUGAAUGGAGACCGUCUGGUAAGCGCUCCAUAUGUACUAGAUUUCUUGAUGGAUAAAGAGUCAGAAGUUGUCUGCCGAAAAAGGUUGACAAGGAGAGAAGUUGCUCAGUUUCGUAGUGCAGUUGAUAAAGAUUAUUACUUUCAAAUGUAUUACGAUGACUUGCCUAUCUGGGGAUUUAUAGGAAAGGUCGAUAGAGAGGGAAAAGUUGUACCGAGUGAAUAUAGAUAUUAUCUGUACAAGCAUAUUCAGUUUGAUGUCCUGUACAAUAAUGAUCGUGUAAUUGAGAUCAAUGCUCGGAUGGAUCCUCAUUCAGUCAUUGAUUUGACGGAGGACAAAGAAGUUGAUGUUGAGUUUACAUACAGCGUCAAAUGGAAGGAAACUGACAUUGCUUUCGAGAAUAGGAUGGACAAGUUCUCACAAGCUUCUUCUUUGCCUCAUCACUUGGAAAUUCAUUGGUUUUCCAUUAUAAACUCUUGUGUCACAGUGCUUCUUCUAACUGGUUUCCUUGCCACGAUCCUCAUGAGAGUACUUAAGAAUGAUUUUAUCAAGUAUGCUCGUGAUGAGGAAUCAGCUGACGACCAAGAGGAGACAGGAUGGAAGUACAUUCAUGGUGAUGUGUUCCGCUUCCCUAAGUACAAAUCCUUGUUUGCUGCAGCCCUUGGUUCAGGAACCCAACUAUUUGCUCUGACUGUAUUCAUAUUUGUGCUUGCACUAAUAGGCGUAUUUUAUCCAUACAACCGUGGAGCACUAUUCACUGCAUUGGUUGUCAUGUAUGCACUUACGUCUGGCUUUGCGGGAUAUACAUCAGCCUCUUUUUACUGCCAACUUGAAGGAACUAACUGGGUGAGGAACUUGUUGCUUACGGGUUGCCUUUUCUGUGGACCUCUAUUUCUGACAUUUAGCUUCCUCAAUACUGUUGCCAUAUUUUAUAGCUCAACUGCAGCACUUCCUUUCGGCACAAUUGUGGUUAUAACCCUUAUAUGGACUUUAGUGACCUCGCCUUUGCUUGUGAUGGGUGGAGUUGCUGGUAAAAAUAGCAAAACUGAGUUCCAUGCUCCAUGCCGCACCACAAAAUAUCCCAGAGAAAUUCCAGAUUUGCCUUGGUACAGAAGUACUCUUCCUCAAAUGGCAAUGGCAGGAUUUUUGCCAUUCAGUGCCAUCUACAUUGAGCUUUACUACAUAUUUGCCAGCGUGUGGGGGCACAGGAUAUAUACGAUAUACAGCAUAUUGUUCAUCGUAUUCAUCAUUCUGCUUAUUGUGACUGCGUUCAUCACUGUGGCAUUAAUUUACUUUCAACUUGCUGCUGAAGAUCAUGAAUGGUGGUGGAGGUCAUUUCUUUGCGGUGGCUCAACUGGCAUAUUUAUAUAUGGCUACUGUUUGUACUACUACUAUGCAAGAUCCGAUAUGACUGGCUUCAUGCAAAUCUCAUUCUUCUUCGGAUACAUGGCUUGCAUCUGCUAUGGCUUCUUCCUCAUGCUGGGGACUAUUGGUUUUCGAGCAGCUUUACUCUUUGUACGUCACAUAUAUCGUUCUAUCAAAUGUGAGUAGAUAAAAGUUCAUUCUUUUAAGCACGGUUUUGCCCUCCUCGCUUCUCAAUUCUUGGUUAGUUAAUGGGAUUCUUGUCGUAUAGUCUAGCGCGUCUGACAGUCUGACGCCUUCUGCCUGACGGUUCUUUUUUCUGAUAAGUUUGGUAGUUAAUGAAUUAUUAGUAGAGAAUAUUUGAGAAAUUGUACUGAGAGAGAAAUGUCUUCAGAAGUUGAACUCUUAUAUGUAACUAACUAUAUACAGGCUAUCUUAACCUUCUUCAGUUGUUAUAAGCCCUUGAGAUCUCAUGACU